AAUUCAGAAACCAAGUUACUAUCAUCGAUACAAUUCUCUACUCUCAAGCCCACAUCCAAAAUGAACUACAAAACAAGCCUCAUCUUCGUCUUCCUUUCUACCAUCGUAUCGACAUACGCCAUCGCUGUUCCUGAAGCAGAGGCUCUGGACUUAGGAAAACGGGCAUGCUGGACAGCUUAUGCAGCGUGCAAGGCCGCGUGUCCAAAUUCGGAUUGUGGCCGUUCAUCGAGCGGCGACUUCUGUUGUUAGAGGGAUGUGUAUAACUAUCGCUGUAUUGUGGCAGAAAUUGUGAGCGCAGAACAUGCGUGAAGUGCUGAUCCUACGGCAAACGUGUCUUUGAUAGGAUCGGAGUAGGUGGAGGUCAGGUCAGGACGAAGAGGAAGCUUUCGAGCAGGUUCACUAGUCUCAUGCCUUACUUAGACGCAGACACUAAAAGGGCGUAGCUCAAGAGCUUGUCUCAAGCUUCAGGCG